GAUCAAGACAGUAUCCAAAUGGGCUGGCAUCCAGAACUGGUCACGUACAUCAGACCAUUCUGCAUGCUCAAACCGCCCAAUGUACACUGUCAGAUAGCCAUGUUGGCUAUCCCUGCGGACGUGCUGCUGCAAGUACAUAACGCCACGAACGGACAAGCGCCCUUCCUGAUAGAAAACAUGACUUUCAGCGACAGGGCAACCUUGGUUGCAGUACUGCAAACCAGACCCCAAGAGCUAUCUGACAAAAUCAAGGAACUCGCCGCCAACAUUGCAGAGGUCUGCAGGAAGUCCGCCAUCGAGAAUAGAGAACUUAACCUCAUCAUCGCCAAAACAGAGAAGGUCAUCCUCGACCUCCAUGGCUACGACUCCUCACACCUAAACAGCACUGGCCAGAUAUCCACAAACAAUGCCACCGAGACCUUCACUGAAUCCUACAUCAGCAGCAUCGCCCUAACUCCUGCAGAGCUGGAGUAUUUCAAGAGGAAGGAAACUCUACGUAGGGAGGCCGCGCACAUCAACAUCUCCUCAACCACAGGAGGAACAGGCCACAAGUUCAGUAAGAACAACUCCUUCCUUCCCCUCGCAUCAAGGAUCUGGACGGAAAAGGCGGUACAGCAUGUCCAUAAUCGCCUAUGGAAGAUGGACACCUUCAAUUAUACGGCUCCAAUCAGUGUCGAUGCUUACAUGGCGCUUGCUGCCAUGACUGUGGCUGACAUAGACAACUGCCGCACUGCCGCCAGGACCGGUACCAUAUCCCUCCCUUCCGGAAGGGCUGGCCUAGAUGUAGAAUUCCCUGCAAUCUCCAAACUGGAGAAGGGUAAAUGCGCCAAGAACCCGCUGCUGUACCAGAAAGGAAUCCCUAAGUUCCCAACAGACCUCCUAGAACUGAAGAAGUUAUGGAACGCCGGAAGACCCUUCCUCAAGUGUCCAUGCCCAGGAUGUGAGAUAAAUUUCACAUGGUUGGACCACAUGCUCUGUUAUGUCAUAGGCAAUCUGGACAAACUGGACCCGCUGGCGCCAUCUGACAAGAUCAGAAUGUUGGAGUUCCAGACACUGUUACGCACAACCUGGAAGAAGCCUAUCUUGGCUCAGGACUCCUUCAUCUUCAUGAGGGAAUAUAUGAUGAAGAUCCUGCAUCUCAUCACGGAGAACAAGGUUAUCUCUAUCGAAGAGAUCCUCGGGUUCAAAGACUUCAAGGAAGUGCCUUUUGUCCGAAAGUUCACGGCGGCGCUGCUUCCUAAUGCAGAAGGAGUGCUUGCGCAAACACCAAGCAGAAGAGAAGGCACGGGCGACUUCGAAGGCAAUUCGCUACGCAGAUGCAGGCAAAUGAGGCUCGGCACCUCACAAACAGGCUCCCCCAUCACAUGCACACCACCGUCCCGAACACCGCAACAGGCACAUACCCCAGGAUCAGACGCAACCGCAUCAUUCACAACACUACACCCCGCUUCCGCCUCCACUCCCGGCUUGCAGACACACCAAUGGACACAAGGAUACAUUGGUGCAAUCGUCCACUUGCAAAGAGAUGAGCAAGCGAACCCGGAGAUCAUCCAGAUCAGCAGCAAUGAAGCCAAAGACGGGGACAACCCGCAACUCCCCAUCAGGAUAGGCUCACUAUCUCCUGAUGCGCCGCUGCGCCCUGGAUCUGCAAUCGAAGCACUCAGACAUAACUAUGGUGCAAGCAGUGCCGACUCAUCUCUUCUUCGGACAGCCAGUGAUCAGACAACACUGGGUGCUGAAUCGGCGACUUCGGACGAUUCCUGGAAGAGGGUUUGCCGUAGACUUAGCCCAGAUUACCGGCUAGGCGGUACUAGCAUUGCAAGGAGCUAAAGACCAUGGUCGCCUUCCUGCUGCAUGGUACAGUGAAAUGUACUAUGUAAGCAUAGCAACGUUUUGGGAACUAUUGCACGUCCCGUA